AAUAUAUUUCCCUAGGAUAUAGCUCUAUUUACUAUAAUUAUUACUAAAUACUUCCUGCCCAUCCAACUGCUACAACAGUUGGGAUAGUAACUCUUCAAUUGAUCGACUCCAGUUCUUCACCUCUUUCUAUCGUUUAGUUCGAGCCCUCACCGCGGCCUUCAGCCGUUCGGUUCGAUUCCUCACUUCCUUCCAUGGUUCGGCUUGACCUCUUCCCGCCUUCCACCGUUCGGUGCCCUUCUUCUUCUCCCUCACCACCUUCCACUGUUCGGCUUGACCUUUCCCCGCCUUCCACCGUUCGGUGCCCUUCUUCUUCUCCCUCACCGCCUUCCACUGUUCGACUCGACCUCUCCCCGCCUUCCACUGUUCGGUGUCCUUCUCUCAUAUACUUUUAUUUUAUCUCGUAUACCUACCUUCCAACCCCUAACAACAUCUAUUACCUUAUACCCUAUCAGAUGUGAUAGAGUUGUGAAAUGAGUGGCUUUACUCAAUUUAUCCACCACAACAAAGAUGACCUGAUUAUCAAAUGAAUUUUUCUACAAAAUCCAUUGUAAUAUGUUGCCAAAUCUGUUUAGGUAUAGGCAAUGAUUGUAACAAAUGGCAUGUAGCAAAUCAUAUUUACAUUAUUGGUACCUAGAACAUUGUUGAAUAAAGUUGCUAACAUCAUUGAUUAGUCCUUUCUAGUAAACUACAAACUUAACUCUUUUCACUAUAGCAAUGAUUCCUAAAUGGUGUCUUGUAGCAGAUGCAUACAACCAAACUAACAAAUCCUUCCCUAGUUCUCUGUCAUUUCCAACUACCAACUUUCCUUUCCUUCUUAGCUCACCAUUCUGCCACUUGUAAUGUUUAUGUGAAACCAAAUUGCUUUGAACUUCACUGAUCAAAUUCUGCAAGCUAGGAAUGAUGAAUCCUAUCCACUAAGAUUGCAGUUGCUGAGAAAUCAAUCUACUGCGUUCAAUAGGGCGUACUCUGGAAAAGGCAUCCACUACUAGAAUUUUCUUGACGCUUCUUUUACUCACUAAGCUUAACUAACCAUUUCUGCUUGGUGUAAAAUGUUUUUGAUCCAAAAUGUUUUUGUGGCUAUCAUGAUCUGUUUUUGGUGUAAAAUGUCGAUUAAGAAGGUAUUGUCUAUAACUUUGCACAACAAAAACCACAAUUAACAACUCCUCAUAUGUAGAUAAAGACUGUUAUUGUAGAUUCAAGAUCUUAUUGAUGUAAGCAAUAAGAUGGUGAUCUUGCAUGAAUACUACAAAGACUUCGGAGAAGUCUAGAAGUGCUAAGACAUGAGUUUUACUCAACAAGUCUUUGAGCUUCUCAAAGGCUAGUUUGGCAUCUUGGGUCCCCAUAAAAUUGUCCUUUUUUAACAUAUCAUUUAGAGAUUUAACUAUAACUCCAUAUCUCUUUACGAACCUUAUGUAAUAUCCUGCUAAACCUAGGAACCCUCUAUGUUACUGAUAAGUACCCAAAUUUAUUUAACAAUGAAUUUGGAUGUUCACCCAGAAAGACUAGACAACUUUAUUAACAAUGAAACAAGCACAAUCAUCUAAAUUGUUACACUAGCCUUGGUCUUUCGAGAGGACUAGACUCUCCCUAGCCUUCCCUUUACAAAACUUCCUAAAAAAAAAUUGCUAAAAACAACUGUCUACAUAGACUUUAUAAAAGUCUGAGACAACAAAACCUACCCACAGAUUGUUAUAAUUGUCUGUCCCUUUUAUUUCUCCUAAUAUAAACAGUUCCUUUGAACCUAUCAAUACCCCCUCCAUGAAGUUUCACUUUGUCCUUAAGGUGAAAAGCAGGGAACUCCUAAUUGAUGGCAGUAGCAUCUUCCUAGCUAUUUUCAAUAGGUGGGAGGUGUUUUCAAUUGUACAAACCACCUUCUUUUUUCCUUAUUUUGUAAACUGUAUCAAACCUAUCAACACCCCCUCCAUGAAGGUGCACCUUAUCCUCAAGGUGAAAGUCUGGAACUUCUUUAUGAAUGCAGGCAGCAGAUUCCCUUAACUCCUGAAUUUCCUCUUUAGAAAUAAGCAGCAUAUGGAGCUGUUUAUUUUUGCAAGUAUGAUGAUAGAAUACUUAGAGUAUAUGAAAGAAGAAAGAAUAAAUGAGUAGGAGGAAAAGGCGGUUUUGUCGGUUAGUAAUAAUGAAUAGGAGCAAAAGGCGGUUUUGUCGGUGAGUUAGUAUUAAUAAGGGAAAGGGAGUUGUAUAAAUAGGAGAAUGGAUUGUACAGGGGGGAUUAUUCUUUCUGUAUAAUGUUAGGUAGAGGCUGGACGUCUGUUCCAGUGGAGGGAGAGGACUUCCUAGGAGGUGCCUUAAGAGUCAGGGAUUUUCCCCCAGAGCAGUUCUGUAGACAUGGCUUUGUUCUUGGGAAGACAGCUGAGGCAGGUUUUGGGAACGAAAUGUACAAGGUCUUAACUGCUGCAGCACUUAGCGUAAUGUUAAACCGCUCCUUGAUCAUCGGUCAGACCAGAGGAAAAUAUCCUUUUGGAGACUACAUUUCUUAUUCCAACUUUACUUUUACGGUGAAAGAAAUUAAGCAUUUGUGGAGACAGAAAGGUUGUGAAAGCAAAUAUGGGAGGAAACUGGUUAUGAGAAUUGAUGAUUUUAAUAAACCAUUGGAAACAAAUGUUCUCUGUAGCAACUGGAAGAAAUGGAAGCAACCCAUCAUAUGGUUUCAAGGCACUACUGAUUCUGUGGCGGCACAGUUUUUCUUAAAGAAUAUAUACUCUCAGAUGAGGAUUGCUGCUUUCAAUUUGUUUGGUGACCCAGAAGUUCUUGGUUUACGACCAAAUGUUUUUGGGGAGCUCAUGAGGGUUCUCAUAUCCCCUUCAGAAGAUGUUGAUGCAGCUGUAAAUUGGGUUAUUGGUGGUGGGGAGAAUCCUGACAUCUCAUUGCAUAUGCGGAUGCUUAUGAAUAGGUCUGGAAGAGCUGUGCAGGCAGUGUUGCGUUGCCUGAAAAAGGCCAUACGAAGUCAACAUCUAAUGUCAUCAAGACCAAAGGUGGUAUUGGUGUCAGAUACACCUGCUGUUGUUAAAAGUAUCAUGUCUAUGCCUAACAUAAGUGAAUUUGCAGAGGUUCUUCAUUUUGAUUAUGACCAAUUCAAAGGAAGUAUGUCUAAAGGUAUGCGCAUUUCUGAUUUUAGAAGGAAGGAUUGGGGUUCAGCACCAAGAUGGGUUGCGUUUGUCGAUUUUUUCCUUGCUUCCCGUGCAAAAUUUGCUGCCAUUUCUGGAGCUCACCGGCGUGUUGGGACUACGUAUGCCCAAUUAAUUGCUGCACUGGGAGCUGCGUACAAUCUAGGGGACAAGUCUGGUUCAAGGUUUUUAUUCUUUAGCAGUUUCCAGAGUAAUUUGUUAAGGGAUGGCCUGAAGCAUCAGGUUGGUUGGGGCCAUGUGUGGAACAGAUAUGCUGGUCCAUUGAGUUGUCGCAACCAGGCCAAUCAAUGUGCCUUCACACCAGUUCUCCCCUCUGCUUGGUGGGACGGUCUUUGGCAAUCUCCAAUUCCAAGGGAUAUUAACCGUCUUGCCUCUUAUGGCAUCCGAUUAUCUGGUCUUGGCAAUGUUGAUAGCAAUUCCCUUAAAAGUCACUGUAAGAAAAGGAAAAAUAUUGUACGAACCAUUACCUUCAAAUUGUAGUGUUUGGAAGUCACAAUUAUAUUAUAUGUACUAACCACAAAAUGAUCAAGAUUAAUGUUUCUUUGUGAUAUAUUACUUGGGUUCAUGUUAGCGGGCCAACUCAUUACAGGCAGAGACCUUGUUCACUA